GGGACUAACAUGCAAAGCUCUUAGAUAUUACUGUCACGUGUCUCCUAAAAAAAGACCACAUCAACAACAUCUGUUGUGUCGCUCUCAGAGACACUGUGACAGCAAAACCUGAUCACCGGAAAAGAAAAUAGAAAACAAAAAACUCUGUUUCAGACCGAAACCUCUCACCGGAAAUGUUGCGUCAGCUUCCGCCAACAAUUACGGCGGAUGAAACGCCGGAUUGGCUUCCCGCCGGUUGGGAUGCUCAUUCUACGGUUUUAAAACGCGGUCGCCAAACUAGGAUGGAUAAAAUUCGAGAGCAAAGACUAUCCGGAAUCAAGCGAAAGAAAGCAAAUUUAGAAGCCUUUAAAGAUGGAGAGGCUGCAAGAGAAAGGUCUUCGUGGCUUCCACAUGAUUUGAACCCUGAGCCGAGGAUUGGUUCUUAUGGUGGAAAUCCAUAUAUGAUAUAUGAGAACAUGUCAAAUGAUUUCAAGACCCAUUCAAUGCAACAAGGACCCCAGUCUCAGAACACUAUGGAAUCUGAAGCUUCCUCAGAGAAAAUAGAGGAAACCAGCAACAAUUACAUUACAUAUGCUUAUGAUACGGAUGAAGAAGAUUACUCAGAGAAUGAAUAUGUCGAGGACAAAGGGUCAUUAGAGAAUAUGGAGAGUUUCUCUAACGUUACCUCUACUCCUCCUCUACGUUCACUGCCUGAAAGAAUGCAGAAACUGGAGUCCAGAGCAAUAACGCAAUGUUUACUUGAAGAUGAGGAUAUGAGUAGUGACGGUGAAGAAAGACUUUUGGAAGUUGAGACCUCAAAAGAAGAAAAUGUUUUGGAAGAGACUCAGGUUACAUCUCACUUUGUUGAGUCUUUUGAAGAGCAAAACUUGCAUGAUCUUGUGGUUGUGUCUCCCGAUAAGGCGAGGGAGAUCCUGGAUUUGACUGGUACGUUUAGUAUCGAAAUCAACAUUGAGUCUGAAUUUGUAGAGAAGGAUUGGAAUACAAGUGGGAUCGAAAAAGUAGGAACAAGUAACACUGAGAUCAGAGACCAAGACAGUGACUUGAUGAAGAUAAGUACCUCAUCGAAGGUUGUUGAAGUGACUCAGGAACCAGGAGAUAAGAGUGGAGAGCCUCUUAAAGCUCAAGAUACGCAGGAAGAAGCUGGUAAUGAGUCAAGAAGGUCGGUCUUCUUUCCAGACAAAGAAGCACCUUCACAUUCUGUACUUGUCUUCGACAGUUCCAAUGCUAGAUCAUCUGCAGAUGAUCCCAUCAACACCAUUGAGCUUGGUUUAAACCCCUGCCCUGAUACUCUGCAAGAACAGAACAUCAGUGGUUCUAAAAAGCGGAACAAGAGCGCAGAACCACCAUGUUCGUCUAAGAACAGUAAGAAGAAAGACAUGGAAGCACCAACUGCUAAACUUCAGAAAGGCAAAAGAACACCAAAAAAACCGCAAGGAGAAAAGGGAAGUUCGAGUGUAAAACCUGUUGAUUGGCCUGAACCCUGCCCAAACUUCCCAUUUGAGCCUCUCUCGAGCUCAUCUUGGAAAGAGGAUGACUCUGUAAUCCGCAGGUACUUGGAGCAACACUUUACAGCUGCAGGGAGUGAUGAUAGCAAUUUCACUUUACCCGAUUUUGGAUUGCCUAGCUUCUCCGACAUCGAAAUAAUCUCACUGAAUGAAGAAGAAUCUGAGACCAAGAAACAGAAGUCUCCUGAUCCUCCAUGUGUACAUGUUGCUAGUUCAAGCUUGCCUAGUUGCUGGUCCAUGACUGCUACUACUAUGCAACACACAGUUGCAGGAAACUAAAGAGACACUGAGACUCUUUCGCUGAAAGGCCUUUUUUGUAGUAAAACUUAGUAUUGUGUAUGUAUCUAUGCGUGUGCCUAAGAACUCUUAACUUAGAAGCUGACGUGUAGGAUUUGAAGUGGAAUUAACUAAUGUUCGCUCAGUCUGUGCAUAAGAAAUGAUCUUUUAGGAUUUGUGAAUAAAUUUUGUGUUAUCAUA